GUAUAGAAUAACCUUGAGGUCCGGUAGCGGUUUCAACCAUUCGCGUCAUCAGUCUAUAACAUGUGUUCACGGGGUUCCUGAUGGAUUAUUAAUCACAGAACAGCUGUAGUAUGGGUAGUGAAGACAGGAUUAAAAUAAAUAACCAUGGAUCACGUUUGGUUUUGUGAAUACUGCACCUCAGCUGAAGGGAAUGAAAGUAGAAAGCUUUUCUCAACACAGAGAGAUUUCGUUAAUCAUAUCCGAACACAUCAUUUGGUUCGCAAGUUUAGAAAUGAUGUGGAGACAUUUAUCUGCCGGUAUGGCCCGAAUAAUUCGUGUCUUCUAUCCAGUGGUCUGAAUAGUGUUGAGAAGAGUCAUUCAUCUCAUGAUUCUUUAUUUAAAAGUCAGCGUGACUAUGAAAGACAUUUAGUUGGGUUUCAUCUUCUAAAACAUCCUGUGUACAAACAUCUGGAUGUAAAAUCUCCGCUUCCAAUACCUCCCAUUUCUUUCCACUAUAAUGAGAAACCAUCACGCAAAUGGAGUGUAUACCAAUCAGUUGUGAACUUACCAGCUGUUUUAAAUGAUCCGAAUUAUCGUGAGAAAGAUAUAUUUACGAAAUUAUGGGGCGAUAAAUUUGAAAAUGCUGAAGUUCUACCCAGUCCACAUUUACCAGUAAUUACAGAGAAGCAUUUUAUAGAAUAUUUAAACAAAAUUGGGGUUCGUAAACUCGAUACAGAGUCGUGUAGAUCAUCGCCCAAUUGUAAAAUUAAUUCGUCUAAUUCAAUCACUGAUAUUUCUCCAUCAGUGAAAUUAUCCAAUAAAGUUUUAAAACAUGAACCAUCGCAUGAUAUAUCAACGACUUCGAUUCCCGCUUUAUACUUUGAUCAAAAUUUCAGUUUGAAAGAUGAAACGACAUUUUGUCAAGUUAUACCUUUACACGCACGUCGUUCUCACUUUCAAAAUGUUCGAAAUCCAUUUGAAAAUAUCGUUCGCCCAUCAAGUAAACCAGAUUCUGUAAAUAUUUCAAAUCGAUUAAACUAUCCCAAUGAAGAAUUCCUGCAAAAAGAAGCUUUCCGUAAUCAACAUAAUCAAUUGGUUAAUUAUUUGGAUAUUAUUGAGUUAAAUAUAGUUGAACAGGUUUCCAGAAAAUCUUCAACAUUCUUUGAAGCUAUCCAGUGUCAUGAUGUGAUACGUGAAGAUUUAAAUCAAGCUAUUCGUCAAAUUAAAGAUUUUCGAUGUAAAUUGCAUCAAAUUAAUACAUUUACUAUAAUUGACAAGAUGAAAUUGUUACGUAUUGUUAGAAGACGAGAAAACUAUCGACUGGUUGUUAAUAAGUUAAAAUUAAUUGCGAGUCUUCAAGCUAUACAACCUACUAUUCAAACUCUAUUGAGAAAUAAUGAUUUUUGUGCUGCCCUGGAUUUAGUUAGCACUACAAAAGAAUUAUUGCAUUCACAUUUGAUGGUGAACUCAACUUCCAGUGAUUUAUCAUCAGAUAAUGUGAUGGACCAGCCUGGUAAUAGAAAUUUAACAUCUAGGUUGAAGAAGAAUUCAACUACAUUUCUUUGUCUACGUGAUUUUGAUGCUCAACUAAGUGGCAUUUCCAAUUUCGUACAUAAAAUGGUCGAAUCAGAAUUUGACAUUUCAUUGUGUCGAUUUUUGGAUCCACCCAUUGAAGAAUAUGGUGGAUUCCAUGAUCCAGAUAUUUUAUCCUGUUUUCUUGGUUUAAUACGAAUUAAUCGGUUGGAUUUUGUGAGUGGUUUUCAUGCAGAAAUGCUCAAAAGAGUUAAAGAUAUAUUCUGUCAACAUAUCACUUCAGUUACACGACCUCCAGGAAAUGAUAGUGUUACAGAGUCUUCUACAACAAUAGGACCUAAUACAACUAAAUUAUCUACUUCUGAUCAACUACGUAAUAUGCCAUGUGAAAAUUGGAUGACAUUUUUAGUUAAUCUAUGCAAUGACAUAAAAUAUUUACUAAUUCGUGGACAGGAUGUUGUGGAUAUAUUCGAAAAUAAUCUCUGUUCUAAUCAUCAGUCAAAUGAAACUGUUGAAAAUAGUAUUGUUAUUUCGUCUACUCAUCAACCUUUAACUACAAUUAGUGUGCAUAAAGCGAAAGAACUUGCUAAAUGUAUGCAUAAAACUUUAUGGAAUACAGCUAAUAUAUCCCAGAAACGUUUAUGUUCAAUCGUUUCAUCUCGAUUUCGUCUUGGCUCUAUUCAAUCAAUGGAACCAAAGUUAACGAUAUCAACAGCAUUGUCGUCAACUGUUGAUUUAUCAAUGAAUUCACCAAAUCUACAACAAAGACAUUUAUCUACAAAUUCAAUAAUUGAUAUUCCAUGUACAACAGUGUUUAGUGAAUAUGUGUUUGAUAAAUUUACCUGGAAUAAUUUUAGGGAACUAGUCAAAAUAAUGAGUAUUUUUCAGGUAUAUGUUCUUCGAGCAUGGUUGAAAUUUUCUGAUAUUCCAAUUAAAACAAUAAUUUGUCAUCAAUCGAAUGAUUCAGAAAAUUGUUUACAAUUGAAUGUACAUUCUUUUAAUAAAUCAAAGUCUUGUAUUAAAAAAUCAACGAUUCCUUUAAAUCAAAAAACUCCAAAUGAUGUUAUCCCCUCUUCCAUUAUUAGUUCUAACACUAAUGAUUGUAUAUCUAACAACCAAUACAUAUCUAAUAUUCAAUCCGAUUUACUCUUACGUGAUCUUGUACUUGAUAUGAUUAUACUUAUAAUUGACCGAUUUCAUCGUGAAAAUUAUGAUAAAAUAAAUAUGUUAUUGGAUCAAGAAAGAUGGCAAGCAGCUAUUUGUCCAGAACAAGUUCAGCAAAUGAUUAUUGAUAUAUCUAUAGAAGUAGGACAUUUUAAAAUGAAGGGUUCACAGCUGACUAACGAACAUUCUCCUUGUAAACCGAAUCAUAAUAAAUUGACUCAAUCAACAGAUAGUGUGGUCUCUACACCCAAUUAUAUUCUUCUAAAUAAUGAAGAGUAUACUGUAGUUCGUACAGUUAUACUGUUGUUACCAAUGAUCAAUGAAUAUGUAAAAUUAGAUGAGAAAUUACCUGGUCAACCGUUAACUACUGAAUUCGUUUCAGAUCGUUUAGCCGAUCUUCUUAAUCAUUUCAAUUCCCGUGUUUGUCAACUUGUACUUGGUGCUGAGGCGUGUAAACGGGUCGAUCUACAACGUAUAUCCGCUAAAAAUCUUGCCUUGACCCUGCGUAGUCUACAAUUGGUUGUGCACUUUCUACCAUGUAUACAAUUCUUGUUAAACAGAAUAUCUAAAACGGAGUUUAAUAAAUCAUCAUCAACUAGUGUCGAUAACCUUCUUAUUGCUUCAUUAUAUCAUUCUAAUAGUCAGGGGAUAAAUCGAAUAACAUUAAAUGGUCUAGAUCAUAUUGAAAAACUAUUUAAUGAACAUAUUGAAAGUAUUUUACAAAAACUUGUUCAGUUAUUAUCGGAUCCAAUUGGUCCAAUGUUUUCUAAUUGGUAUGGUCGUCCUCCGAUACCAAGUAAACAAAUGGAUGAAAUAUGUCGUAAUUUAUCGAAAUUAAUCGGAAUGACUAAACAUGUAUUACCUGCUAAAACACUUACGUCUAUCCUAUUGCGUGUUCAUAAUGAAUUAAAGGUGCAGUUACGUCAUCGUAUUAGUGAACUUGGUAUUGUUGCCGAUGGUGGACCUCAACAAAGCUUGAUCGAUUCGGAAAUUCUCCACUACAUUGAUUACUUUAAAACACUCACACCACAACUACAAAAAUUUGUUGAUGAUUGUUCUGAUAUCUGGCCAUCAUAAAUAUUGACCAUCCAUUUACAAAAUUCCCAUGCAAGAUGUGGUUUGGUAAAAAAAAGAUAAGCCACAAAUACGCUCCUGCCUGUCUAUCUUAGCUAGAAGUAUUUAUUCACCUUGUGUCUUUCAUUAUUUAUAAAUGGAUAUACUUUAUAUUUUGUGAGUCUUUCAUUAUUGCGAAUGUUUAUACAUAUAAAGAGUAAACUGAUUUCUGUGGUCGUAUCAUUCCGAUAGACAUAUUUAAAUAGACCAAUUGUGUGUGUGUAUGUACGUGCGCAAAACUUUUCUCCCUCACUCACUUGUGUAUACAUUUUCCUCCAUUCUCCUUACUUUUAUUCUGCUGUUAUUAUCAGUAUUAUUAUUGUUUCGCUGUUUCUUUCUGUCCUACUUUAUUCCUUCUGUUCAUAUUCACUUUUUUUAAUGAGUAAAUUUUCCACAUUAAACUUUAAUUAUAGUAAUAAUGAUCUAUUUUUAAACUAUUAUUAUUAGUAAAAUGGGCUUACACAGUAUUAUUCUGUUAUUUAUUAUUGCUUCUAUUGAAGAAAAUGUUGUAUAAUUUUUUGGGUGGGGGGUAGUGUCAAUUAAAUGUGUGGGCAAACGAUGUAGAACUUUGCAAAUUUCUGUAAUAUGUGUUACUAAUUAUUGAAAUUUCUUUUAAAUAUCAGCUUACUUGUCA